AUGUUGUUGAAAGGCCUGGGUGUAGCUGCUGUUCUGCUGCUGCUGCUCUGUGUCCAGUCUCUGCAUGGCUCUGCUCUUCCUGCUGUAUCCUCCUAUGAGUUCACUGCCUACAGGAUGCAACAGUACAACUUAGCACAACAGAAGCAUGGUUGCCGUGGAGCCAUUGUGGUGGCGGAGGCACGGUCAGCCGACGAGCCGGUGCUGACCCGCCGCUGUGUCAUCAUGAAGGUCCCGGACUUCACCACAGAGAAAUACCUGCAGGCCCAGAAACAGAAUGCUGCUGCCAUAUUGAUCCUACUGCCCAAAAACAUCUCCAGUAUCCCUCAUGAAACUGUACAGUCCUUCAUGGUGAGUGAGAGCGAGACUUUGCUGAAGGAGACCCUCAUGCCUGUGUAUGUGGCACCUGAGGAUGAACAGCUGCUUUACAUGUAUGAGGAGGUCAAGCAGGCCGCAGCCACCAGAACAUCAUCUAUAAUAGUCAGAGUUCUUCGAAGCAUGGUCACAGCUACAGCCUUUCAGAUAUUAGUGAGCAACAACGUCCCUAUCAAGGCCAUCACUGACAGCUCUAUAGCCACGCUGGAGGGAGUGCUUCCAGGAGAAGGGGAGGAUGUACCCACAAUUGUCAUCACCGCCCACUAUGAUUCAUUUGGGCUGGCCCCGUGGGUGUCUUAUGGAGCAGACUCUAACGGCAGUGGUGUCACCAUCCUGCUAGAGUUGGCACGCCUUUUCCAGAAGCUUUAUAGCAGUACAAGAACCAGACCGCCAUAUCAUUUAAUGUUCUCCUUGACUGGAGGAGGAAAAUACAACUUCCUUGGCACAAAGAGAUGGAUUGAAGAGAAUCUGGACCAUGCAGAGUCCAGCCUGCUUCAUGACAAUGUGGCAUUUGUUCUAUGUUUGGAUACGCUGGCCAACGCUGAUGAGCUGUACAUGCAUGUGUCCCGCCCUCCUAAACCCCAAACUCCCAUGCACUCCUUCAUUCAACACUUGGAGGAGGUAGUUUCCUCCAGAUUUCCCUGGGUGAAGGUGGGUUUGGUCCAUAAGAAGAUCAAUCUUGUGGAGUCCACGGUAGCCUGGGAGCAUGAGCGCUACAGUCUGCGCAGGAUCCCUGGUUUCACUCUGUCUCAUCUGGAGGACCCCAAGUCUGAGCUCCGUGGCUCCAUACUGGACACACUGUCACAGGUGGAUUUCAGGAAACUGAAGCGUAAUGGCAUCAUCAUAGCAGAGGCACUGGCACGGUAUAUGUACAAUCUCUCUGACAAGGGUUCACCAAAAGAUGUGCAAGUUUUUAAAGGCCAAAUGGACUUUCAGGACAGUCGCAUGUCUAGUCUGAUGUCCUUCCUGACGUCCGUCCCCCGGGCAACCCAGCUGUUGGACAAGGAGCCUAGUCACAUCCUGCUGGUCAACUCACUGGAGCACGAAUUUAAACGUUACCUACAGCAAGUCCACAGACACAAUUUUCGACAGGACAAGAGGGACCCGGAUAUUACCUUUUUUGAUCAAAUGGACCAACCAGUAGUGAUGUAUAGAGUGAAACCUGCAGCCUUUGAUCUUUUCCUUGGUGGCUGCAUCGCAGCUUAUUUGGGGAUCGUUUACUAUGCAAUUCAGAAUUUUGGCUUUUUCUACACAAAACUGAAAGCAGCAGUGAAGUCCAAGCGCCAGUAAAUCCUGUAAGACUACGAAUACUGAGUCUGUGACGGCGGCUUUGAAGUCUGCGCCGCACAUGUUGGACUUCUGCUUCA